UUCUUCUUUAUCUCCUUCCAGUUCUUCAAACAUCAUCAAAACGACAGCGAGCAUCCUGCUCUCUCCUCUCAAGCCUCACCAUUUCAGAGUCGCAGCCCUAUUUCCGAGUCCAGCCCUCGGCAACACUCCACGGUGGAUUUCAAAACGCCACACAUAUAUUCCUCCUCCUCCUCCUCUCCUCCUGGUCUACAGAGCAGAAACUACCACCACUAAUUAUGAGUGUCGAGUCACCAAACAUUGCAACAAGAAUCAAGAGCUAAAAGGCAAUACCUCUCUCGCUCGCUAUAAAUACCUCACGACUACCGUAACAGUUAGAUGAGCGGUGGCAGGCCAAGGGCCCUCGGUGGCGGGGUUCAGCAAUUGCUGGACUAUUUGAAGAGAAUGCAGGAUGAGAAUCCUGCUUUCUUUUAUGCCAUUCAGAGUGACACUGAUAACUCUGCUGGAAAUAUAUUCUGGGCGGAUGCAACCUCUAAGAUGAACUAUAAUUACUUUGGAGACACUGUUGUAUUUGACACUGCAUACCGGACAAACCGGUAUAGGGUACCAUUUGCGGCUUUCACUGGAGUAAAUCAUCAUGGCCAACCCGUAUUGUUUGGCUGUGCUCUAUUUCUCAAUGAAUCUGAGUCCUCUUUUAUUUGGCUAUUUCAAACUUGGCUUCAUGCAGUGUCUGGUCAACACCCAGUCUCUAUCACCACAGAUCCUGACCGGCUCAUACAGGUGGCUGUUGCACAAGUUCUUCCUGAAACUCGCCAUCGAUACAGUAAGCAAGGUAUAUUUAGAGAAACCCAAGAGAAAAUGGCUCAAAUAUACCAAUCACAUCCUACAUUUGAAAUUGAAUUUAAGAAGUGCAUCGAUGAGACUGAGACAAUUGAUGAGUUUGAAUCAUCUUGGGAAUCACUUCUUAAAAGAUACUAUGUCAUGGACAAUGAAUGGCUCCAGUCUAUGUACAACGUUAGGCAGCAGUGGGUCCCAGUUUAUAUGCGAAAUACCUUUUUUGGGGAGGUUUCUGUGACUGAUGGUGGUCAAGAUUUAAAUUCAUUCUUUGAAGGUUUUGUGAAUGCAUCAACCACCAUUCAGAUGUUUAUCAAACAGUAUGAAAAAGCUGUGGCAAGCUGGCAUGAAAAGGAGUUAAAGGCAGAUUAUGAAACCACUAACACCAUGCCAGUUCUCAAGACACCUUCUCCUAUGGAAAAACAAGCUGCCAACCUCUAUACUAGAAAAAUCUUCAUGAAAUUCCAGGAAGAACUGGUUGAGACUCUUGCUAAUCCUGCCACCAAGAUUGAUGACUUGGGAACCAUCACCAUAUAUCGUGUGGCCAAAUUUGGGGAAGAACACAAGGCACAUACUGUUAGUUUCAAUUCUUUUGAGAUGAAAGCUAGCUGUAGCUGCCAAAUGUUUGAACAUACAGGAAUAAUUUGUCGCCACAUAUUAGCAGUUUUCAGAGCAAAAAAUGUUCUUACACUUCCUUCUCAAUAUGUAUUGAAGCGAUGGACAAGAAAUGCCAAGAGUGGAGCUUUGUUGGAAGAACGUGCUUCUGAUUUGCCAAACAAUUCUCGAGAAUCUUUAAAUGUUAGGUAUAACAAUUUGCGACAGGAAGCAAUCAAAUAUGUUGAAGAAGGGGCAAAAUCUAUUCAUAUAUAUAAUGUGGCAAUGGAUGCUCUACAAGAGGCUGCUAAGAAGGUUGCUGCUGCAAAGAAUAGAAGUGCUGCUGACAUAGAGGGUGGAGCUCUGACCAAUGGAAACAGUCAAGUGCUGCAUGUAGUUGAUGAAAAUAGACCAGCAACAUAUCAAUCUGCGGAGGAAAAGGAGAAGAAGAUUCGUGAGUUGACUGCUGAGUUGGAGAGUACGAAUCAACGGUGUGAAGUAUAUAGGGCAAACUUGCUAGCAGUUUUGAGAGAUAUGGAAGAACAGAAGUUGAAGCUAUCAGUGAAAGUUCAAAAUGCAAGGCUUAGUCUGAAAGAAUGAAUAUUUGUUUAUAGGGAUAAAUUAUGUGAUUCGCUAGCUUGUUCAGGGGGAUAGCAAAUCUUGAGAAUAUUACUGUGACCACAGUGGAAGUGCCCUGCCAUGCAUGAACGAAAGUUUAGGAUGUCGAGGAGACAUGCUGUAGUUUAAACUGUAUCAUAUUUUCAGAAUGUGGUGUGAGUUUGUUGGAUGACACAAGGAGGGGGAUAGGGAUGGAGCUUUUGGGUGACUAUGAUUUACCUUGUCUUGCAGUGGUAAAUCAAAUGAUAACAGUGCAAACGUAGGAAGCUGGGUUAUAAUCCGGUGGAAUUAUAUCCUUUUUGUGUCGGAAACAUGUUUACAUUUUCAAAAAAAAUGAUCAAUGAUUUCUGGUUUCUAGUUUUGAGAGUUCUAACUACCUAUCACCGGAGGCUGUGUCCCGCAAGUUUUCAUUUACUUCUUAAAUCAUGGGCUUGUGCUUUAUCGUUCCUGUCCCGUAAGCUCAUCGUUAAGGAGGGAUCUGAUCUGUAAGAGCCACUCAUAAUCCAAUCUCUUCAUACUAUGUAAUUAUUUUAGUUUUAUUUAUUCAAAAUACUAUUUUGUGCC